UUUAUAAAGAUCAUUUUUAAUACGAAGUUGAGUAAUUUCCGCUUUUUUGAUUCAUUUUAUUUGCUUUCGAGGAAAGGAUGCUCGCUCUAAGACAUCAGAUACAUAAGAGGUGAGAUGUGUGUCCAUUGUGAAAUUCCUUCAGACGUUAAAGAAGCGUUUUACAAUGGAAAUCCAGCAUUGAAGAAAUCAAAGGAAAAUGAUGAUAUUUUAUAUCUUCAGGUAAACAUCGUUGGUGACCAAGGAUGUGGCAAGACCUCCCUUAUUGAUGCAUUUAAUGCUGAUAAAUUUCCAUCAAUUACCUCAGUGUCUCGUUACUCUCGUUACAAGCUAAUGGCUGUGAAUAAUAUUCCUGUUGAGUUGGUAAUUUAUGAUACAAUUGGGAUAGAAGAUUAUGAUGAUGUUAAGACAAGAUCUUUAAUGUUAAUGUUCUCAGAAGUAAACAUUUUAUGUUAUUCAAUUGAGUCAAGAGAAAGUUUUGAAAGUAUUUCCAGUCUAUGGUGGCCAGAGAUAAAAGCUGCUCGCAUAAGAAAACCAUUUUUAUUAGUUGGACUGAAAAAGGACCUUCGUCCUGGCAAACAAACACAUGAGUGGGUGAAAGCUAAUGAAGGCAAAGCACUUGCAAAAUAUAUUGGUGCUGUAGGUUUUUCAGAGUGCUCAUCAGUUACUAAUGAAGGAAUCAACGAGAUUUUUGAAAUGGCAGUAAACAAGUGCGAUAAAGUAGUAAAAAAGAAAGGGGAGCUCAAAAAUCAAGCUUGGAAGUAUCUCUGUUGUUACAAGAAAGACUAAUAAUUAUAAAGCAAUUGAAAUAAAAAUAAUUUUAUAUUUCAAUUUUGCCCUGAUUACCGGAUGAUGUUUGGAAUGACACUGGGAAAGGAUACAAUUUUGUAGUUUGGCAUAGUGAUAAAAACAAUAUAUUUUUUUUCUUAAAACA